GCUAGAGAGCGAGGCAGAGGCCAGACUACGGAAGGGCUUUUUUAGAGUCAUCAGCCCAUAGAUAACCAGCGAAAGUAAACAGGGAAGAACGAUUUUCGGUGGCUGAACCCUAGAGAAGAGCUAACUUGGGGAUCUGGGAUCUGGAUGAGCAUACAGCCGCGGAGACUCAGGAGUGGGCGUUGAGCUGGGGAAGAACGGGGAGAACGUGCCUCUCACACAGCAAGUAUUUGAAGAAGCAUGAGUCACCGUCUGUGUCCAAUUCCCCUGCAAGACUGAGGAAGACGAGGACUGAAACCACCCUUUGUACUCAUGCCCUUCACAGGAACAGUUUAGUGAAGUGGCGGAGACAAAAGCUGCCUGUAGCUGAUUCGAAAGAGAGUACAAAAUAAGGACUUUGGGACAGAGAACAAAAUACUCUCACGAGGACGAGAGAUGAAGAAAUGGAGCUACGGAAGGAUGGGCACGUGCAGUAAAGGAAGAAUUUCUUUCCCAGGAUGGGAGAUAUUAUACCAUACGUGUAAGAAAGACAGACGGAUGGGACAGACGGAGAAUGUGACGGGCAGAGUGUCUGCGAGAGCAAACACAGGUGAGCCAUGGUCGCAGGAGGCCAACAAGGUGAUUCAGGGACCCAGGCCCCUUCCACAUAUUGGCUGCUCCAAAUACUCCGUUGGCUACUCUGAGUCUGGCCAGGAGAUGAGGGGAGAGAGAUCACCAGCAGAGAAUCUCAGGGACAAGUUCAGAGGCCACGUGCAAUGCCACAUACAUUCAACUGGCCAGAGGAAGACACUGAUUUGGAGAAGACAAGUAACUGCCCUGAGACCGCACAGGAAGCAACAGUCUGGAACCACUGAACACACAUCAGCCAACAUGGGAAGCAGACAUCUGGCCCAGGAGAGAAAUCAAAACAGGAAGUGGGUUCCACAUGGCAUCUGCCUCACUAGAGAUGUAAUGCCUGUGAUCGCUACAGCAAGAGUUCCUCACUUUUACUGCAAGAAGGCUGCGCAUUUCAGCCUUGUGCCCCGGCAAAGCAAGAACUUACAAGUAAAGAAUCCUGGCAGACACUGCCUUAGCCAGGUGAUGAAGGUCAACCUCACCCCAGUGAUAAGUCAUGUACCCCCAACAUACGCCAAUGUGAUGUCAUGAGAAUGGAAGUUCAUCUCUGUGGUCACCCUCCCCAAAAUGCACAACCCCCGUUUAAUCAUGAGAAAAGCAUCCAGCAAGAGACAAAAUACCUGAAGAGCUUCUGUCAAAAGAAAGUCAUCAAAAAUAAGCAAAGAUGGAGACCCUGUCACAAAGCAGAGAAGGCUAAGGAGACAUGACAACUAAGUAUAAUGUCCUGGAUUGUAUCCUGGAACAUAAAAGACAUAGGAAAAAACUAGUGUACUCUGAAUAAAAUGUGGAGAGCUCCGCAGACUUUUGGCUAAGAUCAAAUGUGAAUAAAAUGAGUUCAGUUAAAAGUAAUGUACCAGUGUUGGCUUCUUAGUGUGACAAAUGUACCAUAGUAAUGUAACACAUUCAUAACAGUGAAACUGGGUGUGUGAAGGAUAUAGGGGAACUCUCUGUACUGUCUUUCCAACUUUUCUGUAAAUAAAAAACUAUUAUAACACAAAAAGUUUAUCUAGAAAAAGAAUACUUUUGCACCAGCUGGUUAAUGUUCUUAUGGCCACUAGUGUGAAAAUAUUCCCCCAUUUUCUCCCUCCCCUUUACAUCAAACUGUAAUGACUGGUAAAGUACUUUAAAAUAAUACCAUUGUCAUUUGUAGCUUCUUUUCAUUGUCACUGAGAUUGAUUCAAAGUAUUUAAAGCUUGUAAUUUUCUAUUUCUACAGCAUCCCACAAAUAAUCACAAGCAAGCACAACUAACAAUUUUUCCUUAGAUUGUUAGAUCUGGGAAACAUUUCUUUGCUGAGGUUAUAUCUGGAUAGUAGUGGUUCAAAGUUACAUAUCCUGAUAGGAUCUGGGGCUGGGAAUAUUCUUAUCCAUAUUAAAAGAUGGGAUUUAGCCUGUGACUGUGAACAUAAAGGGGCUAAAUCAGUUAUUCUCAUUGAAUGAAAGACAUAUCUCUUCUCCAUAUGGAGGUAAGCUGUGGGAGAUUUACCUCAGGAAUUUAACAAACGAUUAUAAAGUUGUUCUGAACAUUUUCCAAAAAAUAUUAUUACUUAUAAAACUGAUGUGUAACCAAAAUAUAUUAGGUCCAACCCUUUAAUUAAAGUCAAAUUCUUACUCAAGAACAUACCUGUCUGUCUGAAUUCUCAGCCACUGACGAGUAACUUUAUUAAAAAGUAUUAUUUAAACCCGAUUAGCUGCUGACUCCACCAGAAUUUCAAAAGAGAAGGAACUGUAAACCUUUUGGGCAGGAUAUGGGUUUCGUGGGAAGGUUUUUUAGCAACCCUGUGUUCACAGACAUGCAGUAAACAUUCUGUCUACCCAGAAAGUACCCAGAAGGUACCCAGAAAGUACCUCUCUGCCAAAAUUCAAACUUGUUUGAUGUUCAUGACGUUUCAAACAUCCAACUAGUUCUGAUGUUUAUAACAAAUAAAAGGGAUUUAGUUAUAACUUCUAGUGAUACUGGCUGUUCUUUAAAGGACUCUCCCAAAGACACUUUUUUCAUGAAAACAAUUAUUAAAAGCAGCAGAGUGAUAAGUUGUAAUGGAAUGUACACUUAUAUGAUGUUGAAGGAAAGGUAUUUUUAUAUCUUAAUGAUGAAAAUAAUACUUAAGGACUU